AUGAUCAACCUUGUGGCAGCGUGCCUCAUUUUGGCUGCCACUGCCAGCGCUGUAGCCAGCCCAGCAUCUCUCAACUCCGACAUUUCUUUAAUCUUUCAUAAUGACUUGAUGGAAGGUGAAAGUCCUCUGUCUGGCUCGGCGGUUUUGAUUCUUGGCCCUAGGACGUGGCAAGAAGCAACCAAAAGCUGCCUGGAGCUCGGGGAAACUCUCUGGAGAAGUGACUCAGGCUUCGAAUUUAUUCAAAGUGACUUGGAUUACCUCGUGUAUCUCGGUAGUUAUUCCCCAAAACAACAGUUUUGGACUGCUGCCCACAACCAAAAGUCAUCAACCAUCAACGCAGAUGGCCAGAUCAACCAUGCUUCCCCACAAAAGAGACUGCCUGUGAUAUGCACACAGACCGCUCCAUAUUCCAACAGCACAUCCCAAGAUACAAAUGAGAGAUGGCGAUUGGUGGUGGAGUCUGGCAAUCAACAACUAAUCGGAUUUCGUGAUCGUUGCAGCUUCCGAUUUCUGGGCGUCAGAUAUGCAAAACAGCCACGACGAUGGGAAUACUCAGAACUAUACAAAGGCAGCAACGAGAGUGCAUCGGCGCUCGAUUAUGGGUCCGAGUGUGUACAAGGCACAAGUGGCUCAGAAGAUUGCUUGUUCCUCAACAUUUGGACCCCUUAUAUUCCUUUACCCGCCAAAACCACAAAGAAGAACCUCAAGCCUGUGAUGUUUUGGAUACACGGUGGAGCAUUCACAGGCGGCACUUCUAGCGAUCCAACCUUCGACGGCAGCAAUCUCGCCUCUCGAGGCGAUGUAGUUGUGGUUGCAAUAAAUUAUCGUCUAGGGACUUUGGGUUUUCUCGCGCUCGACGACGGGAAAACAACUGGGAAUUAUGGUCUAGCAGACCAGAUCAUAGCCCUGGAAUGGGUUCGUCUGAACAUCAAGGAUUUUGGUGGUGAUCCAGACAGGAUCACGAUAUUUGGACAAUCUGCUGGUGCUGGAUCAGUCAGAGCACUGCUCGCAUCCCCAAAGGCACGAGGCAAGUUUUCUGCGGCAAUAAUGCAGAGCAAUCUAGGAGGCUUGGGAUACGGCACAACCUAUUCGAAAUACUAUUCCAUAUCGCAGGAAAUGGAAAUCGUGGGAAAGGCGAUUUUGAGCGAAACCAACUGCACACAGGCUGUUUCGCCUGUCGAGUGCCUCAGAGCCCUUCCUGCAACAUCAAUCUCGAGUCUCGAACACACGGCACGUUACCUAGUUGUGGAUGGUGUUUAUCUCCAAACAACAGAACUGGAUCUCACCAACUCAACAUCCACUGCUAGAGUCCCACUCAUGAUUGGCACCAUGAGAGACGAUGGUGCUGCUAUGAUAGGCUAUCCCUCAGAAGGAGAAACGUUUCGAGCCUUCCUCAACAGCUCCGAUCUUCCUGGCAUAAUUUCAGAAAGCCAAUUAUUUCCCGUUCCAUCGACCUCCAACGCCACACUAGAUAUAUUCAAUGUAUCAUCUCGUGUAGCUACAGAUGGUAUGUUUCGCUGCAUUGAUGCAGCAACUUCUCAUGCAGGCUUGAAGAACCAUAUUUUCCCUGACAUCUUCUACUACGAGUUCAACCGCUCGUAUCAGAUGCCUGGCUGGUCACCCAAUCCCCCCGUGUGCAAUGCGCCUAUCACAGAAGAGUUUCCGGAUGGUGAUCCCAGCAAAGAGUACUUCAGAUGCCACUCUGGGGAGUUGUUCUACAUAUUUGGGACUUUCCGCCGCCAGAGUCUGCCAUUUCGAGAUGAUUUUGAUCUACCAUUUAGCCAAUACGUGCUAGAUUCAUGGGCAAGCUUUGCAAGAAAUGGAAGGCCAACGCCUGAUCCUGCGUUCUUGAAGGCAAGAGGGUACACGAAUACCACCCAUGAAAUCAAAACUAGUGGUCCAUGGGAGUCGUUCAAGAGCGGCGGCCAGAUGCGAGUACUCCAGUGGCCUUCGGUGAUGACAGGGUUGGCGGACUUGAAGCAAUGCCGUGAUCUGAAUCUGCCGUUGGACUUUUUUAUUAACCGGAACUGA